AUGAGCGGUGAGAGUAUCUACAAUUUAAUUCAGGAAGCACCUCCCGUAACGACGGGGCCCUACACUGGGAAGUACGAAAAACAUUUAAAAGAGAGAGAAAAGCCUACAUAUUCUACUUUUUUUGAAAAGGGGAAGGAGUAUGAUGGUUCACACGUGCGCUAUUUUAAACAACGCGAUGCCGUUUUUGGUUCAAUAGUCAAUGAUACCGUGGACCCAAAGAACUUUUUGCGUGCAGGCGGAGGUGUCAAAUACGCCGUGCCUCCAGUGCAACAAAGCAAGGUUUUUACAAAGCUUCCAUUGGAUCACGGUGUGUCAAAGCUUCGUAGCGGGGAAGAGAAGGGACGUCUGGAACCGAUCUCCGAUGCGGUUGUGGAUGCUAACGGAAGAGAGGCAUUGCGUGGGCCAAACGAACUGGGACAAGAUAAUGCAAUGAACGGAGCAAGAGCUGGUGUUCAAGGUUCCAAGAAAUCCGGGACCGAGCCUGGGGAAGAUUCUGUUGUGGGUCAUGGAAAUAACAAAGGGAACGAUCACAAGGGAACUUCCGAUUCCAUGGGAGACGCAAGAAAUGUUCCAGUUGAACAAAAAGAAAAGGAUUUGACACCCCAUGUUGCCAUUGUGGAUGAUGGGUUAUAUUCUGCAAAUAAUAACGAUGAUAUUUGGGCCAAAGGCCCUCGUGAAGGCGGAAAAAACUUUGUCACCUCAAACAUGAUACAGGUCAGUAACAUGGUGCCCAAGCGGCGAAAAGAUCAACCGGAAAAUCCAACGUGCCGGAAUAACUUUGGACGGACACCUGCGUACUUGCAUCGAGUGAAACAGGAAAUUGAUCACGAAAAAAUGCGUCUUAAAUCCAUUGAGGAAAUGAGCAUUCAACAGAAAAUUCGGGAUAUGCAACGUUAUGUUCAUCGCUUGGACGAGAAGGAACGGUUGCAGUUGAUAGAGAAACUCAGAACAAAGUUGAAUGAGAAAAGUACGGAGUUAAUUAAGAUGCCUUUUGUCAAAGAUACCUAUACACAGGUCCUGCGACGGGCUGAAUUAGAGAAGGAAAUUAAAGAAAUUGAGGCUUCUAUUGCCAAGUUAGACAAGGAUGCUGUCUUCGUUUACAAUGAUGAUCCAAGGUGUGUCCAUUGGACGAAGAACGCAGCCCUUGAGGAGGCAUCCCGUUUUGCCGCCGAGCGGCAAAAUUGA